GUUUGUCCCCGGCUCCGGGCGAUGGCGGAGCCGGUGUGAGCGGCACCGGGGCUGCAGCCGGCAGCGGCCCCCCCUGGCCCCGGGGGGGUGCCGGGCCCCGCCAUGCCCGCAGGCAGCAACGAGCCCGACGGCAUCCUCAGCUACCAGAGGCAGGACGAGGAGGCAGUGAUUGACCAGGGAAGAACCAGCAACGUCGUCAACAUCCACUAUGAGAAGGAGGAGCUGGAAGGCCACCGGACCCUGUACGUGGGGGUGCGGAUGCCGCUCGUGCGCCAGAGCCACCGACACCACCGGCCCCACGGCCGCAAGGAGCGCAAACGGGAACGGGAGAAGGAUUCUGCCCCCGCGGAGCAGGGCGACCACUUCACCCCGUCCCAGCGGGUGCAGUUCAUCCUCGGGACCGAGGAGGACGAGCAGCACGUCCCCCAUGACCUGUUCACCGAGCUGGAUGAGAUCUGCCUCAAGGAGGGCAAAGAUGCCGAGUGGAAGGAGACGGCGAGGUGGCUGAAGUUUGAGGAGGACGUGGAGGACGGCGGCGAGCGCUGGAGCAAGCCCUAUGUGGCCACGCUCUCCUUGCACAGCCUCUUUGAGCUGAGGAGCUGCCUCGUCAACGGCAUGGUGCUGCUGGACGUCUGCGCCAACAGCAUGGAGGAGAUCGCAGAGCUGCUCCUGGGCCAGCAGGAGCCGUGCUCGGAGCUGGAGGCGCGCACGAGGGCGCGGGUGCGGGACGUGCUCCUGCGGAAGCAUCGCCACCAGAACGAGCGGAAGCGCAACAACCUCCUCCCCAUCGUCCGCUCCUUCGCCGACGGCGGCAAGAAGCAGCCGGAGCCGCCCCUCCUCGAGAAGCCAGCCCAAGCUCUCGGCCCGCAUCCUUCCCCCACCGCUGCAGAAGCCAAGAACGGGGUCCCCCCCGAGGCCAGCACCAUGGAUUUGAGCAAGGCGGAGCUGCACUUCCUGAAGAAGAUUCCCACUGGAGCUGAGGCAUCCAACGUGCUGGUGGGGGAGCUGGACUUCCUGCCCCAGCCCAUCGUGGCCUUCGUCCGCCUCACCCCCGCUGUCCUCCUCUCGGGCAUGACGGAAGUUCCCAUCCCAACAAGGUUCCUGUUUGUUUUGCUUGGCCCAGGAGGAAAAGCCCAUCGGUACCACGAGAUCGGCAGGUCCAUGGCUACUAUCAUGACGGACGAGGUCUUCCAUGACGUUGCCUACAAAGCCAAGGACCGCGCCGACCUCGUGGCCGGCAUCGAUGAGUUCCUGGACCAGGUCACGGUGCUGCCGCCGGGAGAGUGGGAUCCAUCGAUCCGAAUCGAGCCCCCGAAAAGCGUCCCCUCGCAGGAGAAGAGGAAGGUGCCCGGCGCGCUUGAGGACAGCACUUCCCACAGCAAGGCGGAGAAGCACAGCGGCCCCGAGCUGGAGCGGACGGGGAGGCUCUUCGGAGGCUUGAUCCUGGAUGUGAAGCGGAAAGCCCCAUGGUUCUGGAGCGACUUUCGGGACGGUGUGAGCCUGCAGUGCCUGGCAUCCUUCCUCUUCCUCUACUGUGCCUGCAUGUCCCCCGUCAUCACCUUCGGGGGACUGCUGGGGGAAGCGACCAAAGGCCACAUAAGCGCCAUGGAGUCGCUGCUGGGCGCAUCCAUGACCGGCGUGGUGUAUUCCCUCUUUGCUGGCCAACCUCUCACCAUCCUCGGCAGCACCGGCCCCGUCCUUGUGUUCGAGAAGAUCCUCUACAAGUUCUGCAGGGAGCACGCGCUCUCGUACCUGUCCCUGCGGGCCUGCAUCGGGCUCUGGACCGCCUUCUUCUGCGUGGUGCUGGUGGCCACCGACGCCAGCUCCCUGGUGUGCUACAUCACCCGCUUCACCGAGGAGGCCUUCGCCUCCCUCAUCUGCAUCAUCUUCAUCUACGAGGCGCUCGAGAAGCUGAGUCACCUGCGAGAGACCUACCCCGUGCACAUGCACAGCGAGCUCGACCUCCUCACCAUCUACUACUGUAAGUGCGAGCCCCCAGCCCAUCCCAGCAAUGAAACCCGGCGCUACUGGGACACCAACGGGAUCGACGUGUCCAGCAUCGCCUGGGAGAACCUCACGGUGACUGAGUGUCGCUAUGCGCACGGAGAGUUUCGAGGACCCGCAUGCGGACGCAACGGCCCCUACGCUCCGAACGUCCUCUUCUGGUGCUGCAUCCUCUUCUUCUCCACCUUUGUCCUGUCGAGCUUGUUGAAGAAGUUUAAAACCAGCCGUUACUUCCCAACCAGAGUCCGCUCCACAGUGAGUGACUUUGCCGUGUUCCUCGCCAUCGUCGUCAUGGUGCUCAUUGACUUCAUGGUUGGGAUCCCAUCACCGAAGCUCCACGUCCCCCAUAUGUUCAAGCCCACCAGAGAUGACCGCGGGUGGCUCAUCAACCCCAUCGGCCCCAACCCGUGGUGGACGGUGUUGGCCGCGCUCAUCCCAGCCCUGCUCUGCACCAUCCUGAUCUUCAUGGACCAGCAGAUCACUGCCGUUAUCGUGAACAGGAAGGAGCACAGGCUGAAGAAAGGAUGCGGGUACCACUUGGACCUUUUCAUGGUGGCCGUGAUGCUGGGGGUGUGCUCCGUGAUGGGGCUGCCCUGGUUUGUGGCUGCCACCGUCCUGUCCAUCACCCACGUGAACAGCCUCAAGGUGGAGUCCGACUGCUCAGCACCAGGAGAACAGCCCAAGUUUCUGGGGAUCCGAGAGCAGAGGGUCACGGGUUUGAUGAUCUUUGUGCUCAUGGGCUGCUCCGUCUUCUUCACGUCUGCCUUGAAGUUCAUCCCAAUGCCUGUGCUUUACGGUGUCUUUCUCUACAUGGGGGUGUCGUCGCUCAGAGGAAUUCAGUUCUUCGACCGCCUGAAGCUGUUCUGGAUGCCGGCGAAGCACCAGCCCGAUUUCAUCUACCUGCGGCACGUGCCCCUGCGGAAGGUGCACUUCUUCACCUUGAUCCAGCUCCUCUGCCUCGUCCUGCUCUGGGCCAUCAAGGCGUCCCGGGCUGCCAUCAUCUUCCCCAUGAUGGUCCUGGCGCUCGUCUUCGUCCGGAAGGUGAUGGAUUUCUGCUUCUCCAAGCGGGAGCUCAGCUUCCUCGAUGACCUCGUGCCGGAGAGCAAGAAGAAGAGGUUGGACGACGCCAAAAACGAAGCCAAAGAAGAGGAGGAGUCCCGCAAGAUGAUGGAAGCUGCUGCUGCCAGCUCAGUUCAGCUGCGCCUGCUGGGCAAGAGCAGCAAAGCGGGUGUCCCACAGCCAAGCAGUGACAGGGCCGACCCCUCUGAGAUCAACAUCUCGGACGAGAUGCCCAAGACGGCCGUGUGGAAAGCGCUCACCAUGGACGCGGAGCCGCUCUGAGCGCGGU